AUGACUCGAUCUUCAAUUCUCUAUCAAAACUCUCAGAAUACAGUCUUUCUUCUUGACAUUCCCACAUCCAUUGCUCUGGCACAGGAUUUUCCACCAAUCCAACAAGAACCACCAUCAGAAUCUUCAGAGCUCAUCUCAAAAAGACACGUCUGUGCAAGGCAUCUCUUAUCUUCAACGCCCCUGAGAGAUCCCUACCCUGGAUCUACAGAGCCCAAAACGGAUACCGCAAGGGCAAAAGUCCUACAAAGGAUUCCUGUUUCAGAGCGAGAAAAUCAUGAUACCAUUUCACCUCUAGUGAGAGAGGCGCUGCAUGAAAUUCGGGAGGGUCUCAGGGGUGAUGAGUGGUGCCUUGAAAGAAGGACCUUAGCGCAUGACUUUGGACGGGAUUGUACUGCUCGUAGUCCCGAAGAAAAAGUGUCCCUAGGGAAAAGAAGUCGAAACAAUAAAGAGUCCAGUAGCAAUGAUGACUGCCGAUUCCCAGUCGAGGACUACACGGGUUCAACCGUUCCUGGAAAGUCAACCAAGCUACAGGGCGUGCCUCAAAGCCUAGUGCUGGACAAUCCGCCUUUAGUCCUCUCACCUGGAUUGAAUUUGCUCGAUUCCAUGUCUGGCCUGUGCAAUCUUGUCGUCAAAAAUACGUCCCCUGACCAUGCAACGGUGAGAGCUGGUUGCAUAUUGGAAAGACACAACGACUCGACUGAGACCAGGUGCGCGGAGCACCAUUAUCAUACGUUCUAUAUACCACCCCUAUCGAGUUUCUUACUUUGCAAACUGCCUAUAUCACAGCCGGCCACAAAGCCCAGCAGCUACAUAGGCCCUAUACCAGGUCUCCCUCGAGACCAGAGAUUUGAUCUAAUCCUCCUGGAUCCGCCAUGGGUGAAUAGAUCUGUGCGACGCAGCGGACAUUACCAUACACAGCACUACCUCGAGGGGGAUCUACUGACCCAGCGUAUUCGAGAUAUACUCAAGGUGCACUUACAAGACAGUCAUCAUAUCUUCCGUUAUGACACUUCUAAUGAUCGUACAUCGAUGCCAAAGCCGACCGAGCAGCAAACCCGGAGCUGUAUCGCAGCCAUAUGGAUUACCAACUCAGCAAAAGCGCGGAAAAUAGCCUUUGAUGCUAUCCAAGGCGCAGGUCUUUCCGUUUGCGAGGAAUGGAUCUGGAUCAAGACCACUACAAAAGGGGAUCCUAUCACGCCGCUAGAUGGCCUCUGGCGGAAACCUUAUGAAGUUCUGAUCAUAGGAAUGAGGAGACACCUCCAACAACAAGCUAAUUCGCCGGGGAAAAGAGGGGAUGGCGUCAUCACUAGGAGGUUCAUUGCCGGUGUUCCAGACGUGCAUUCCAGGAAGCCGAAUCUAAAGGAGGUUUUUGAGAAGGUGUUCUUUGCCGAUGCUUCUCCUUCUAUAUCGGAAGAUCGUACGGCUUAUUCCGCUUUGGAGGUAUUUGCACGCAAUUUGACUGUCGGUUGGUGGGCCUGUGGAGAUGAAGCUCUGAAGUUCAACUCGAAGGAAUGGUGGGUUCACGGAAAUGGUAUGAGCUUGAGUUGA